AUGAGAGUGAUGCGGCUGGACGCGAUGCUGGCGAGAGCUCCUCCUCCAUGGGGCUUGCUACAGAAGACUAUACAAAAGGAAAGGCAGGAGAAACUCGCGGAGAAACUGAAGAAUAGGUUGACCAUUUAUGUUCAAGGAAACAAAGAGGAAUUUAUCCAAUUUGCUGAGGCGGGGGUGUCCAGACUUUCUGAUGCAGCGUAUGGGUUUGAAAUGCUGAGUACUAUGGGCUACAUGUAUUCAAGACAAGCUGCGAAGGAGCUUGGAAAGAAAGCUGACCUUUUGGGGGCUCCAUUUGUAGCUGAAUGGUUCAGAAACAAAGGUCAUUUUAUUAAAUCGCAAACGAAAGCUGUAGCAGGUGGAAUAUCUCUUACGCAGUUGCAGGAAAGCUUAAAGGAUCAUCUCAAUCCGAAAUGUAAUUUCACCGAAUAUGAACUUGAAUCUUACAUGCAGAGUUAUAUAAGUGCUAUGGCCGAUUCCUUAUGGAAGCUUAAUGUUGUUGAUAUAGAGGAAACCCUGUCACAUGUCUGCCAGAUGGUGCUUCAAGAUAGCUUUGUCGGGAGCGAGGAAUUGAGAGCUCGAGCUGAAGGACUGAAAACUUUAGGCGAAAUACUCGAGCGUGCUAAGCUCAACAGAGAAGGGGAAGCACUAAGGCCUUCCACAAUGUAG